AUGCAGAUCCCAUUAGCUGCUACUGUUAUCCCCACCGUCGUCAUGAAGCCCUCUGCGAAUACGGUUGCGUCUGUCGUCCUCGCCGGCGCGUCUGUCGCCACUGCUGGCCAGGGCACCGUGGGUUUGUGCAUGUCCAUGGCGUAUGCUGAUGGCGGUAUCUACUGCCGCGAGAACUCGGUUGGCGCGUGCAUCACCGACCUUGGAGAUUUCCCAGCCAAGAACAAGUGGGACCUUCAAAUCCUAUGGACCGAUGAUAAGAGCAUUCACCUGCUCAAGCAGUCCGACAAGGAUCCCCACACCUACACCCAGUUCAAGGACAAGCUCUACAUCAACGCUGCCCGCGGGGCCGUCGACCCCAUCGGCUUCACCCCGGAUAACUCCACCCUCCUCGAGGGAGAGACGACGUGGGCCUGGUCCGGAGCCUACGGCUUCAUACUGUGGUCCCCCACCCAGGAUAGCAUGGAUGGCCUUCCCUCGGGCGGGCUGGUCACGGGCCAGGGUGUCGAGUGGAGGGACGUGCCGGGCUACCGCGGCCUGAAGCGGGCGCACUGGAACGUGAACAAGUACGAAGAGACGAAGAGGUCGGGCAAGGACUCGGGCGGUUCGUUUGGUAUGUGCUACGGGGAUUAUUCUUCCAAGAUUGUUCAGGGAGGCAGCCCAUGA